UUGGAGGAACCAGUCAGGAGCUGCGGAAUACACGUAGCUGGGCCCGGGAUGCUGACAUUCAUGUUAGGUGUAACUUUCCACCGAUAAGCUGAAUGUCACAUUGAAAAUAAAAGCAAGAGAACGAAACAGCUACAGCGGUUUGUAUUUUUUCUUUCCCCCAUACGAUCGGUGAUGUUCAAAAUGCGCUUUAACUGAACAUUGAGAAGAUUUUUUUUAAAACAGCUGACGGAUUCUGCUUUGUUUUGCCAUGCCUGUGCCUUCCCGUAUAUUUACUACAGCCAUUCGCAAUGGAGAAAUCAGAAAGUUAGGCACCUGCAUCUUCCACAGCCACAAUCGGAAUCUAUGUUGCUCUUUACCACCACACUCCCUGAAAACAUUGCAUGCGCUGCUGAAAACAGCUAGCCCCAUGACACUGGGGUCCGGUAGAUCAAUAAAGGACAACCCUCUGUGGUAUAUCAAGACACAGAGCUACAGAACUACUUCCCAGCAGUACUACAAUCUGACUCCCCCUCAAGUCAACAGCAUCUUAAAAGCAAAUGAAUACCGCUUUAAAGUCCCAGAGUUUGAUGGGAAGAAUGUGAGCUCAAUUCUGGGCUUUGAUAGCAGCCAGCUGCCAGCCAAUGCUCCCAUUGAAGACAGGAGAAGUGUUGCCACCUGCUUGCAGACAAGGGGAAUGUUGUUUGGGGUGUUCGAUGGACACGCCGGAUGUGCCUGUGCCCAGGCGGUGAGCGAAAGGCUUUUCUAUUACAUUGCUGUCUCUUUGCUGCCACACGAGACUUUGCUGGAGAUAGAAAAUGCAGUGGAAAAUGGACGUGCCAUAUUGCCCAUCCUACAGUGGCACAAGCACCCUAAUGAUUAUUUCAGUAAGGAAGCUUCCAAGUUGUACUUCAAUAGUCUGCGAACUUACUGGCAGGAGCUCAUUGACCUGAAUACUGGAGAGCACCCAGACACUCAAGAAGCUUUAAUUAAUGCCUUUAAGAGGCUUGAUAACGAUAUUUCCCUGGAAGCUCAAGUUGGAGAUCCCAACUCUUUCCUUAACUACUGGGUGCUUCGAGUAGCAUUCUCUGGAGCCACUGCCUGCGUUGCUCAUAUAGAUGGUGCUGAUAUACAAGUUGCAAACACCGGAGAUGGCAGAGCAGUGCUUGGAGUGCAGGAGGAAGAUGGAUCUUGGACUGCUGUUACCUUAUCGAAUGAUCACAAUGCACAGAAUGAGGAUGAAAUCAAACGCAUUAGAUCCCAGCAUCCAAAGAAUGAGGAAAAGACUGUUGUCAAACAGGAUAGGUUGCUAGGCCUGCUUAUGCCAUUCAGGGCAUUCGGGGAUGUGAAGUUCAAGUGGAGCAUCGAGCUUCAGAAGAUGGUGCUGGAAUCGGGACCUGAUCAGUUGAAUGAGAAUGAGCACACAAAGUUUAUCCCUCCAAACUACCACACUCCCCCAUAUCUCACAGCCAAGCCAGAAGUCAUUCACCAUAGCUUAAGACCCCAGGACAAAUUCCUUGUGCUGGGCACGGAUGGACUGUGGGAGACCAUGCACCGACAAGAGGUGGUGAGAGUUGUUGGAGAAUAUCUAACAGGUGUCCACCUCCAGCAGCCCAUAUCUGUGGGAGGGUACAAGGUGACCCUGGGUCAAAUGCAGGGCUUGCUGAUGGAGCGAAGAGCAAGGAUUUCCUCUGUCUUUGAGGAUCAGAACGCUGCAACCCAUCUGAUCAGGCACGCAGUGGGCAACAACGAGUUUGGAGUGGUGGACCACGAACGACUUUGUAAAAUGCUGAGCCUGCCUGAGGAGCUUGCCCGAAUGUACAGGGACGAUAUCACCAUUAUCGUAGUGCAGUUUAAUUCUCAUGUUAUUGGUGCACAGAGCAAACCAGGAGGAGGGGAUUGAACUUUGAGAGCCGAUUGUUCAGAUUACCAAACUUGAAAUACAAACUUUUAUGCACAACUAGCAUGAAUGUUACUGGAUUUACAACACACGUCCACUGCCUUGUCCUGACACAGCUGAAUGGAGUGGCUGCUGUUGAAACUCAGUAAUAUGUCCAAAAUGCUACAUUGUUUUGGGUGAUUUUUCCUGGGACAGCUGUUGCAGUACUACCAGUGCGAUAGCAGAAACACGUUUUAGAUGAAUGAGUGAAAGUUUGUAGGCUAUGUAGUUGUUAGUUUAGUUGGUUUUUAUUCUCUAUUAAGUGAUAUGCAUUGAAAAAAGGCAAGAGAGAAGGAGAGUUGCUGCUGGGCCAUGAACAAGUUUAAGUUCAACGCUAACUCUAAAUACAUUGUUGUUACUGUUAUUAAGAACUAGUAAUAAUCUGAAGCAAUGAUAUUUCAAAAUAACAUAUAAAACAAGAAACUCUUGACUGAUACUUCCUGCAACUAAGUUAUUCUGUUUAAUGUAUACUGGUGAAAUUGUUUUAUUCAGCAAACAAACAAAAAAAAAAUUAUAUAUAUAUAUAUAUAUAUACAGUGCCUUGCGAAAGUAUUCGGCCCCCUUGAACUUUGCGACCUUUUGCCACAUUUCAGGCUUCAAACAUAAAGAUAUGAAACUGGGACACAAUCAUGAAGUGGAACGAAAUUUAUUGGAUAUUUCAAACUUUUUUAACAAAUAAAAAACUGAAAAAUUGGGCGUGCAAAAUUAUUCAGCCCCCUUAAGUUAAUACUUUGUAGCGCCACCUUUUGCUGCGAUUACAGCUGUAAGUCGCUUGGGGUAUGUCUCUAUCAGUUUUGCACAUCGAGAGACUGAAAUUUUUGCCCAUUCCUCCUUGCAAAACAGCUCGAGCUCAGUGAGGUUGGAUGGAGAGCAUUUGUGAACAGCAGUUUUCAGUUCUUUCCACAGAUUCUCGAUUGUAUUCAGGUCUGGACUUUGACUUGGCCAUUCUAACACCUGGAUAUGUUUAUUUGUGAACCAUUCCAUUGUAGAUUUUGCUUUAUGUUUUGGAUCAUUGUCUUGUUGGAAGACAAAUCUCCGUCCCAGUCUCAGGUCUUUUGCAGACUCCAUCAGGUUUUCUUCCAGAAUGGUCCUGUAUUUGGCUCCAUCCAUCUUCCCAUCAAUUUUAACCAUCUUCCCUGUCCCUGCUGAAGAAAAGCAGGCCCAAAUCAUGAUGCUGCCACCACCAUGUUUGACAGUGGGGAUGGUGUGUUCAGGGUGAUGAGCUGUGUUGCUUUUACGCCAAACAUAACGUUUUGCAUUGUUGCCAAAAAGUUCGAUUUUGGUUUCAUCUGACCAGAGCACCUUCUUCCACAUGUUUGGUGUGUCUCCCAGGUGGCUUGUGGCAAACUGUAAACGACACUUUUUAUGGAUAUCUUUAAGAAAUGGCUUUCUUCUUGCCACUCUUCCAUAAAGGCCAGAUUUGUGCAGCAUACGACUGAUUGUUGUCCUAUGGACAGAGUCUCCCACCUCAGCUGUAGAUCUCUGCAGUUCAUCCAGAGUGAUCAUGGGCCUCUUGGCUGCAUCUCUGAUCAGUCUUUUCCUUGUAUGAGCUGAAAGUUUAGAGGGACGGCCAGGUCUUGGUAGAUUUGCAGUGGUCUGAUACUCCUUCCAUUUCAAUAUUAUCGCUUGCACAGUGCUCCUUGGGAUGUUUAAAGCUUGGGAAAUCUUUUUGUAUCCAACUCCGGCUUUAAACUUCUCCACAACAGUAUCUCGGACCUGCCUGGUGUGUUCCUUGUUCUUCAUGAUGCUCUCUGCGCCUUAAACGGACCUCUGAGACUAUCACAGUGCAGGUGCAUUUAUACGGAGACUUGAUUACACACAGGUGGAUUCUAUUUAUCAUCAUUAGUCAUUUAGGUCAACAUUGGAUCAUUCAGAGAUCCUCACUGAACUUCUGGAGAGAGUUUGCUGCACUGAAAGUAAAGGGGCUGAAUAAUUUUGCACGCCCAAUUUUUCAGUUUUUUAUUUGUUAAAAAAGUUUGAAGUAUCCAAUAAAUUUCGUUCCACUUCAUGAUUGUGUCCCACUUGUUGUUGAUUCUUCACAAAAAAUUACAGUUUCAUAUCUUUAUGUUUGAAGCCUGAAAUGUGGCAAAAGGUCGCAAAGUUCAAGGGGGCCGAAUACUUUCGCAAGGCACUGUAUAUAUAUAUUUGCAUUUGCUUCGAGAAGUUUUUUUUUUAAAUAUAUAUAUAUAUAUAUAUAUAUAUAUAUAUAUAUAUAUAUAUAUAUAUAUAUAUAUAUAUAUAUAUAGUAAACCAGUGCUUCUGACAUGGCAGGCAUUUUGACCUGCCUUACUUCGGGAAUACUUACCUUUUAAAAGAACAGUACUUGCUUUUCUUUGUUUAACACUUUCCUUUAAUACACUACACGUGAUAAUUCAAGGUGGAGCUCUGUGCAGAGAUGCCAUUGGUACUGUACACAUCUACUUGCAUGCUCAAUAAGUACAUAUUGAACAUUUGAUGCUGAAACAUCUGCCCUAUUUUGUCGGUUUGCAAUUACUAAAACUGUAACUUCACAACAGCAAGGUUAGCUUGGUUUCUAAAGGCCUUUGCACACUGGAUCUGAUAACGCAUCUGAAUUUAACGUGCGUCUAAACAGAAAAAAACGAUCAUGUGUAUUCUCUACUGCAUCUUGCACGCUGAGUCUGGAAUUGUCGUACGACGGUGAUGCGUCAAUUUUGGAAUCGAAACAAGUUCGAUUUGAUCCGAUUUGACGUGCGUUAAAAAUUACAUUGACCAAUGAAAAACAACUGGGAAGACACGUGGAUUCUUGCAGUUCCCUGAACAAAAUGGAAAAUCUAAUUGUGUGUGUCACCAAACAAAAAUUACUUUAUGAUAAAUCCAACAAAGAUUACAAAGACUUGGAAAAAAAAAACAUAUGGAAAGACAUUGCCACGGACUUGGGCAUGAAUGAUAUGUAUUAUAAAACAUGAAAUUGUUGAUUUUGUGCAGUAUAGGUUAUUACAGUAUAGCAUAUACUUUUUACUUCAAUUGUAGUCGAGGAAAUAAAGAAACAAUGGCCUAACCUGGAGACACAUAUCAGAGAAAGAAGCGUGACAGGGCAAGAGCGGUCAGGACUUAACAGUCAGAAAAGAGGGGCAGUACAUGCAAGGGAUGGAAAGUAUUUUUGGUAGCUCAUUGCAAGCUUCCCAACUUUUAGAUCUAUUUAUUACAGGAGCUAAUGUUUGAAAAAUUAAAUAUUGGUCAUAUGGUUUCUGAUGCUGUGACAGCCGUGUUGUGUAAUAUCAUAUGUUUUUUUGUUUUUUUUUUAUCUAUUGCGUAACAACAUUAUUGUAAUCUAGUAGAAACGUAAUAAUUAGCAAAAGUUUAUACUACAUUUAAAUUUUUUUGUGUUCAGAGUUAUGUAAGAAUUAACAACAUAAUUGUAUUUAUUUUUUAUUAAAAUAAUGAAACUAAGUAUAUUUACUACAAAGCCUCCACUGCACAUCAUUGCUCUGAAGUACAGUUUGAAUGCAUCUUGUGUGCAAUGGAUUGACACACGACUUUUUCGGAUGGCGGUUUCUAAAUGACGGAACGGAUCCAGUGUGCAAAGGCCUUUAGAGCUUCUAAUUGUAAAAUAAUAAUAAUAAUAAUAAUAAUAAUAAUAAUAAUAGUAAUAAUAAAUAUGCCAGUUAAUCCUUCAGUUUGCCCCCCACUUUUUAACAAAGUUAGGCACCUAUGAUUAAGACACCAACAUUAUUGAACUAUUGCUUCUCACAUUGAUUAAAACACUGAAUUGUUGUACUGGUUUUACAAUGAAAGACUCGCCUAUAGGUACCAAAACUGAGUUAGUGUUACUGAAUAAGAAAGUUUACUGGUCCAGUACUUACCUGUACUCAAAACGUGAGAUUUCUCUUAUUAUACAGUUUAAACUGUUAAUGCAAAAGCUUUGUUUUUACAGUUGGUUUAGUUAUCAACAUCAAAAAUUGUCAAACUCCUUACAUUUAGGUCUUGAAGUUCUUGAAAUUUGUAUCAGAAAAACUGUAUGAACCCUGUAUUUACCACAUCUGAUUAAGUUCAGUAUAGAAUGUAUUUUUAGGGGAGUAAACUCUCUUGGUCAGUCAACUUUCGGACACCUUAAAGGAAAAAGAGAAGUGUCUGGGUCUUCUGACACCCAACAAAAGGAGAGGAAACCACAGCAACAGUAACAUGAGGAUGCACUUUUUUUGUUAUUUACACAAGUAAGGGCUCGAAACACGACAAUCAGUAAUGACAUUUAAUUGCAACAGCAAAAUCACAAAACUUGGGCAAAAUACUGAACCAUCACUUUAAACACUUGAUUUAGAUUUUUAUGUUUAUCCUUUUAAUUGUUAAUGUUGUACAAUUGCAUAUUUAAAUUAGGUAUUCAAAGUGGAAUAGACAGAACAUGGUGUUAGUAGUGGAACACUAGUCAGAAGGUCUAUUUUAAGAAGUAGACUCCCACACAGUCUCGGUCAGUGAACUUAAAACUGUAUUUUAGUCUUUUUAGUUCCUACUUUCCACAAUAUACAAUAGUAAAAAUCUGUCUUUUAAGCCUUUCUGCUGUUCUGUAAGUUAAAAUAACUGCCUUUAUAAGAAGAUCCUACACUGACUGGCCAAACACAAUGACUACAGCCUUUUUUCUUGACAGUGUGUCAUUCGAGUGGAAACCGGUUUUUUGUCGAGUGCCGGAGGUUUCUGAGCUUUGGGCCACUGCAGCACAUCUGUUGUUUAUUACAUUGCAUUGCAAAGGUUUUCUGUCUUGAUUCACCAUGAGCGGGGAUGUACUUUUCGGUGAUGUUCUGUUCCACAUGUGUUGCCGUCAAUGCAUCUGCUAUGUUAAGGUGUGGUGGCACCCGUAUUCACCAUUGAAAACGAGAUUUUCUCAUUUUACUUGCAUUCAAAAAAUGUUUUGGCCAGUCAGUGUAUAAAGAAGCACUUUCACAUGAAUCCUAUUAUCUCAAUUAUGGGGGUAGUUGUUCCAGUACAUGAGUGGCCAACUGGUAUAAAAAAAAAAAGAAAGGCUUGAAAUGGGGGGGGGGGGGUUAGUCAAGGUGCAUAUACUUACUGUACACGUUUCUCAGUUUGAUGUGCAGAUCUGUUUAUACAGUAGUAGAAGUAUUACAUAUGAAGGUGUUUAUAGUAUCUUGAGUUAUGACAAUUGUAGAGAUUAUUCACCUUUAACUUACAAAUGUGUUUGCAUUUAGGUAACACUAUUGCAGUAAGGAUCAAUCAUGUAAAGAUCUGAUCCUUGUAUAGUAUUUCAAGUUUAUUUGCUAGUACUUAUGGAGAAUGUUGUUACAUUAAACUUAACACAAUAUUGUAAUUAUAUGUAUGUAAUAAAAAUAGCGCUGUAUGAAAGUGUAUACUAUAAUAUGUUGUAUAUCAUUUAUUAUUUUAAUAAAAGUGCUAUGAGGUGUUUUACA